AUGUUCUUCAUUGGAGCCAAACUCUUCCUUGCAGGUGCAUUACUCGGGUUGUCAGCCGCAGCUCAUCCCCUUGAAACAGAAGGAGAAUCAUGUGAAGCACCUCAUAGGGCCAAGGCAGUUUAUUUUCUGACAAAUGAGGAUUUGAACUCGGUGGUUUCAAUCCCAAUAAAUCUCGACGGUACACUCUCUGGAGGUCUGACGACACCCACCGGAGGGAAUGGCAGUAGUACUGUUAAUGCCACCGGUGGCCCCAACGGUCCCGAUGCUCUGGGCUCACAAUCUGCUUUGACUGUUUUAGAAAAUCUUCUAUUUGCUGUCAAUCCCGGAUCGAACACUUUGAGCAUGAUGAAAAUCUCAGAGGCAGACCCAACAGUUCUUACUCUCCUCGGUGAACCAGCUCCCUUGCCUGGUCAAUUUCCUGUGACGGUGGCGGCUUCGAACAAGAACAGCUUGGUCUGUGUAGGCACAACGGGUGCCAUAGCUGGAAUUUCUUGCGCUUCCUAUACAUCUCAAGGUUUAGGUGAAAUGAGUCCACUGAUUUCAUUUAACUUGAAUCAAACUUCACCUCCCUCCGGGCCUUUGAAUGGUGUGGCUCAGACAUUUUUCUCUGAGGACGAAACCCGUCUUUUCACCACGGUGAAAGGUGACCCUGCCAGUAAUAACACCGGUUUCGUGUCUGUGUUACCCAUUGAAAACUUUUACGUCUACUCUGGAGCGCACGAUAUCCGAAGUUCACCAAACGGAACGGCCGUACUAUUUGGAUCCACAGUCAUACCUGGGACUUCCACCAUCUUUUCGGCUGAUCCUUCUUUUGGGGCGGCAAUUCUCCAGCUGAAUCCAUUCACAGACGAGGUUUCGCUGGUUUCGAAACAAAUUAUUGCAGGUCAACAAGCAACCUGCUGGGCUGCUUAUUCCAAGGAAAGACAAAGUGUUUUCGUAACUGAUGGAGCAGUCAAUCGCCUGGUCGAGUUGAGCGCAGUGGAUACCCAAAUCGUAUCAAUUGUCAAGCUCACCAACGGUGACCCUGGAUUAAUUGAUCUCAAAGUCUCUGGUCGUUACAUAUACGCUUUAUCUCCGGGUAAUGGCACCAAUCCUGCCGCCGUGACUGUCGUGGAUUCUUUCAUAGGCCGUCAGAUUCAGCAUUUCCUUGUCGAUGGAUUGGGUGCUAGUAAAAGCUCGCAAGGUAUGGCGCUUUUGGAAUAG